CCAAACCAACAAAUCAAAGCAGCCCGGAUUCGCCCUCUUCUUCCUCCCGAAACAAAGCCAAACCCGACACCGAUUGCGGCCGCCGCCGCUAGCGCUACCGCCGGCGUCGAGUUUCCAGGGACAAACUCGCUCCCGCCUCUCCCGCACGCCCUCCGUCCCGCGGCUGCUCCUCCGCCCGCCCUCGCGAGCGCCUGGCUCGAUACGACGACGACGACAGUCGCGGCCGCCUAGGGUUUCUUCCACGCCUAUUCGCCGGAGGAGUGGGGAAACGAAUUAGAGCGAGAUGGCCGGGAGGUUGCUUGCGAACCUCAUCGUCAUGGGCGGCACCGUCGUCGGCAGGGCGGUGAUCCAGGCCUACCGCCAGGCCAUCGUCAAUGCAAAUAAAACCGGAGCUGCCCAGGAAGCUAUAAAUGGUAUUCGAAGGGCUAGCAAGGCCAUGACUGAGCAAGAAGCCAGGCAAAUACUGGGUAUCAGUGAAAAGACGAGUUGGGAAGAGAUCAUGCAGAAGUAUGAUGUAAUGUUUGAGAAGAAUGCCAAGGGCGGAAGCUUUUAUCUCCAGUCAAAGGUCCACCGUGCCAAAGAAUGUCUGGAAUCCAUAUACCAUAAGCCUGACGUAACAAACUGAGAUCAUUUUGUUCAAGGAGUACACCAGUUCCAUUUGGAGUGUUCGAUAUAAUCAAUCUUUUUUUAUGCGGCUAGAGAUCACAGCUCUGUCUAAGUUAUAUGAUGCAUGUAUCAAGUUAAUUGGAUGUAACAAGAAAUUGUUCUACUUGACUUGAAUAAUACAUUGGACAACAAGAAAGCACACGAUUCUGUUUGAUUCUUA